UAGUAACUUUUAAGCAUGACCAAUAAAAGAGCUCAGCACUAGCGAGAUUACGUCAUUGUUUCCUGCCUGAGAAGAGGAGCUAUUUUAGCUAAGUGAAGCUGAGCAAAGAAGAGGAAGUCUAAACCUUCUACAGAUUUGGGGCCAUGAAAGAAGCAUCUCUGAAGGAAUUUUGUAGAGCACAAAAGGGGAUUUAUGGAGUGCAACAACUAUUCCUGAGUUCAAUUAAACUAUGACGCCAGAAAACUCCCACCCAGAAGAAUACAGGAUUGCAUCACUGGUCUUCUACAGCUUUGUGUUCACAGUGGGAUUGCUGGUGAAUGCCACAGCACUGUGGGUGUUCAGCUGCACUACCAAGAAGAGAACAACUAUAACUGUUUAUAUGAUGAACGUCGCAUUGCUUGACCUGGUUUUUAUCUUUUCGCUGCCCUUCCGGAUAAUCUACCACGGGACAGAAGCGUGGCCUUUUGGAGAUACCUUCUGCCGGAUCCUCGGGGCUUUCACCGUGUUUUACCCAGCCAUUGCUCUGUGGCUGCUCGCUUUCAUCAGCGUAGACAGAUUCAUGGCUAUUGUCCAGCCCAAACAUGUCAAAGAACUCAAAAAUACAAAAAAAGCUGUGCUGGCUUGCGCUGGAAUCUGGAUAAUGACCCUCUCAACAACAUCCCCGUUGGUGUUUUUACAAUCUGAUCCAGACCAAGCCUCAAAUUUCACCACCUGCAUGAAAAUGCUUGAUAUCAUCCAUUUAAAGGAAGUAAAUACACUGAAUUUUUGUCGGUUGAUUUUUUUCUUUCUGAUCCCCUUGUUUAUCAUGAUGGGGUGUUACCUAGUCAUUAUUUAUAAUUUUAUUCAUGGCAAGACUUCCAAACUGAAGCCUAAGGCCAAGGAGAGAUCCAUAAGAAUCAUAGUUACUCUGAUUGCUCAGGUACUCAUCUGCUUUGUACCCUUCCACAUCUGCUUUGCCUUCCUGAUGCUGCAAGAUGAAAAUACAAGUUACAAUCCCUGGGCAGCCUUUACCACCUUCCUCAUGAAUCUCAGCACAUGCUUGGAUGUUAUACUGUACUACAUUGUUUCCAAACAAUUCCAGGCAAGAGUCAUCAGCGUAAUCCUUUAUCGCAAUUACCUUCGGAGCGUGCGCAGGAAAAGUUUUCGAACUGGAAGUGUCAGAUCACUCAAUAAUAUUAACAGUGAAAUGAUAUAAAAAGAGGAAAAAUGUCAGGGGACUUUUACAAUGCAAACAAGGGAUUCUUUUUCCAAAUUCUAGCACUCAGCUACACAGAAGGAUGUUCGAUAACCAAAGGUAACAGCUAUAUUUGUUGCAUUGUAAAUGUGACAGAAGCAGAAUAAUAAUUGCACUUCUUUUUAUUUGCUCAACAUCUUUUGUUGUUUCACCUGAAAUGAACUAAAACCUAGCACCAGCGUUAAACUUUCCAAUGCUUUUAACACCUCAAACGACUGUGAAUACUGUCAGAUGUGAAAGUGACUAUUAAUACAAUAAAGUAGACAACACUGAAGAAUUAUGAUGCAAUGCAUAUAUGAAUUUUUUAUAUUUGCAUAAUCAAAUGCUCCUGAAACUACUGUAUAUCCCACAUUUCUAAAAUUAAUUUCAUUCUCUCAAUAUCAAAGUCAUUAUGACUUAAUGAGAAGGUAUAUGUAGAUAAUAUUUAUAUUUUACUUAAUUAAAAACUUAUUUGAUGCAGAUUUCUUUGUAACUGACUACAUUCUGCAGUCAUAAAAAUACCAUCAAAGGGUAAAAUGGUCAGACUGUUGAUUACCUACCUAUGGGUAUGGUGUGCACAUUUAUGACACCUUACUUUUGCACAAAAUAUCUUUUUACAUAUAGGAAAAUAUUAAUUUCUCCAGACACAUUAGCAGCCUAUGUCCUAGCAACAAAUUCUAGGUAACAAACACAAGUAACUGCAGUAGCUACUCAAGCUUUCAUCUUCUUUUGAAUACUCAGACACUACAAAAAACAUAUUUUUAUAAUAUCAAACACAUGCUUUUUGUCCCUUAUAAAUCAAUCUUUAGAUACUUUCAACAGAUUCUCUGGAAAAGCAGAAAUAAAAAAGAAAACAUCUGAUAUGGUGUUUAAUAUUAAAAAUCUUACUCCAAGAGCUUUUAUUAUUACCUCAGAGUGUCCAACACAUGGAAACUCAAGUGUGUGUGAUCUCAUCUGCCAGAAGUUUAACCACAAAGGGCUGCAAGCUCUGUGGUCCUACUGUAAUAUGCAUGUAUUUUAUUAAGUGCAGAAAUCUCAAACAUAGGUUAUUCAAAACUGAACCACUGAACACCUUAAAGCUGUAAGAACUUCAGCUGCAAGCACAAAAUGGAGUAACAACCUCUGGCACUCAAUUUUUAAAAAACAUACAAAAUACCAAUACAAAAUGCAUGUGCAUUUACAAGUGAACAUAAAGCACAUGACUUACAGUCCUGUUGCCUUUCUGAUUUAAGACAGUAAUCAGCCCAAACUGAUUGCAGUUUUUACAAACUGAACAGAUGCAAACAAUUUAGACUGAACAAAUACAGCAAUAAUCUGUGUGCUGCAAGCCAUGUUGCAAUCAUGUUAACAGAGGAAAUGAGACUAACAGAUUGGAAACCAAACAUUGUAUGGAUAAAUUAUAAAUUAAACACAAAUCAUAGCUAAGAAAUAAAUGUUUGAAAUUACAGUAGUUGUGCCAAGAACCUUUACACUUCAGUUCAAAAGAGGAUUAAAUUAAUUUGAAGAGUUACACCAAGAAAGGUUUUUUCAAAAUAAAAUCUUGAGAACACAAUCCCUUGAAACUAUAUCUAAAGGAACCAAUUCAU